GUAGAGCCCGCACAUUGAGGCGAAACAAAAUGUUCACAGGAGCGAGUGCUGAAGGUGGAGCACAUUAUCUCCGCCAUUAUCAGUGCUGGUCAUUUUGCUGCUAUGAAUGGAACCACUGCAUACGAUGAUCUUCAGAGAAAUCUUCAUAAAUGGUCUCUCAAGGAAGAUCAACAGCUAUGCGAGAUCAUGGACAAGCAAAAGCUUGGCACUUUCGAUGCUAUGAAUCUCAUCAGGCUGAAGGUCAUAGCUACAAAAGUACGAGUCAAAAAGCUCAACUCGCUUGUGGAUGAGCUAAACGCUUUGAUCGAGAAUAUAUCGCAAACCAAAUUCCUGCAACAGAAUGUGGGAGACGACAAAAGGCAGGAAGUGGUUCCCAGCGUAAAGGAAGCUGGAAGCAGGGAGUCUGAGACAUUGGCAGCUAUCCGAACUGCCAUUGAGCAUGGCAUAAAUGAAGUUGGAAUUGCGGGAAAAGAGAUAAAUGCUAUAUCAGCUUUACCAGAUCUCAUCAGUGGCUCGCUUGCGAGCGAGACCAAGAUUCUGCGCGAGACUACGCCGAUACAAGACGAUCUGUGGGAGGAGAUCGAGAGUCAAAGCUCCAGAACGCAACCUGUUGAAACAAAAAUUCCUCCUGAAGUUACACCUCCAGUUCGGAGAGAAGUCGAGAAUCACGCUGUACAAAACCGAAGGAGAAGUAGUGAAGAAGCAGUCAAAGAAAGGCAGGAUCUUACUGUUGGGCAACAUGCACAUCGUGUGGAUAAUAUGAAGCGUCCUAGCGAGCGCGAGCAAGAGUUUAAAAACAAUUCGCUUUGGGAUAGUGAUUCUGAUGAACCUUUGCGGGAGAAGAAAGACCACGAGAGCAUUGUUCGGGUUGAAUCAACUUCGAUAGUACCUGAAAAGCGGGUAAGGGCCGUAGCCGAUGCUGAUGAAGGCAGUAGCUCUGUUGUGAAAAAGCCCCAGAUUGACAGAAGCAGUAUACAUCGCGAUAUGCAAAGAGAUCUGGAGGAAAUCUUCCAGCGGCGAUCGAAGGCGAAGCCAGAAACGUCAGGCGAGCGCAGUGAUUCAUUGGCCAUUCCAUCGUCAUCCGAUCACUUACGACCAACUACGGUCCGUGCUAGCACUUCUCCUUCAGACAACGCACACGAGAAAUCGGAAUCCUUACACACGAGCAGAUACUCUCGGGAAGAUAAGGAUAAGACUCUUUCAACAUCUACGGAGGAUAAGUUAGAACGAUUCAUGAGUGGAGACGGUCCGAUGUCUAAAUCUAAAGAACCGUCCAAGCCUAGCAAAGAACCGGUGUCCAUCAAAGCAGUCACUGAAAGAAAGCAGACAGUGGAGUCUGUUUCAGUGAAACCUGCUCCGGUUUCAAGUAAUCCGUCUCAGGAAAUUUUCAGGAAUUUCCCUUCCGAAAGAAUUUUGGGAGCGCGCGUUGCCGAAAAAUAUAAAAGCAUCUUUGAUGAUGAAGAUGAUGACGACGAUUUGUUUGACAUUAAGCCGAAGAAGGAGCACGUGAAGGUGGCUGCCGAGCCGCCCAAGAAGGCACCUAAGUUGCCAGAAUGGGAGCCGCCCAGGAAGGCGAAAACUAGCUUGCCAGAAUCGGAGCCGCCGAAGAAGGCAGAGUCUAGCGUGCCAGAUUCGGGGCCCCUUAGGGAGGCACAAUCUAGCUUGCCAGAAUCGGAGCCGCCGAAGAAGGCAGAGUCUAGCGUGCCAGAUUCGGGGCCCCUUAGGGAGGCACAAUCUAGUUUGCCGGAUUCGGAGCCCACUAAGAAGGCAGAGUCUAGCGUGCCAGAUUCAGAACCUCUCAAAAAGGCACAGUCUAGCUUGCCGGAUUCGGAGCCCCCUAAGAAGGCAGAGUCUAACGUGCCAGAUAUAGAACCCCUUAAAAAGGCACAGUCUAGCUUGCCAGAACCCGAGCCACCGAGGAAUUCGCAAUCAUCGAAGUCGGAGCCGCCUAAGAAGGCACCGUCUAGGUUGCCGGAAUCGCAGUUUGCGAAACUGCUGGGAGAAAAAUUAGCGCGAGGACCGGUCCAGCCUAGUGAUACCAAACCUGUCCCUGUCACUUCGACUGAACCGCUAUUGACCAUAGAUUCCUCUAUUCAAGAAAAUGUUACUGAGGGUAGCACUGCCACCAGCGCUCGUCCAUUCACACCUCUGGCAUCGGUAACAAAGAAUCGAACGCGAGGGCCGAAUCGCAGACCGCCAACAAACAGGAUGGCUGCUACCGCCACUACAAAUGCGCAUGGUACUGAUGAUGUGCUAGAAAAAACUGCCGAGCAACAUUCUGGAGCUCUUUCUGAUAAUGUGGAGAAUACCCAUACUUUGGUGACGGAAAGGGAGGCUGCACCCUCAGUCGAAGCCAGAGAGGAAGCACCGCUUGGCCCUUUGGGUGGCACUGAGCAGGCAUCUGUUUCGACUUUAAGUACUGCAGCUGGAACUCCGUUAGAUAUAUCAAAUGGUGGAAAAGAUAAGGCUUCAGUCUUUGAAAACGUGAUCACACGCCCACCUAUGUGGCUAGACGAAAACACUGAGGAGACACCUACAGUAUCUGAAGUCAUAUCAAACAGCAAGACCAUUGUGCACGUAACAUCAAAAGUGAAUGAAAAGCCACAGCAGGAAAGUGCGAGCACCAAGCAAACUUCCAAGAUCUCGCAAGAUAUCGGAACAUCGAGAAGUUCUCAGUCUCACAUUGAUACAAAGCAGCACAAUCCCGUCAAAUCAUUUUUCGAUGCGGACUCCGAUGAUGACAAUGAAGACUACCCUCCAGUGACAAAGAGACAGGACGAACCUUCAAGAUCGACGGAGCUUCCAAAAACGACGAAGCUGCCAGAUGUGAAGGCUGCGUCGUCGGUCAAUAAAAGCGUCAAGCCGAUCAUAAUCACGGCACAGUCUCUCUUUGAUGAUGACGACGAUUCAGAUCUCUCCAUAUUUCAAAUACCAAUGAGAAUGCCGUCAAAGCUGGCAGAUUCUCAAUUUUCAAAAUUGCUUGGAGAGAAACUUGCUCGAGGACCAGCUCAGCCACACGACGGCAGAUCCACGGCCAGUUCUACGAAUGCUUCGUCCAGGCCUUCUGAAUUUAGAAUGGUCUCCGAAAGUGACAGAAAACAUCGAGAACAUGCUUCUAGCAGUGAUUUCAAGCCAUUGGAAACGGUUACGAAGAGCCGAACUCGAGGCCCGAAUCGUAAACCGCGUUCUAGCAGAAGAGGAGUUGUUGCUAUUUCGUCAGAGGGCAGAGUACAAGUGGCUGAAAAAAAGGGGAGUAAAGAAAAUGUACCAGUUCCAACUCAACCUGCAAGCAACGCUAAAACCACUUUUGCUUUAUCAUCCUGCGAUAACUUGACGAAGAAAUCUGAUUCGAAAUCAGAAAACGACAAGAAGACCUCAGCUCUCCCCUCGCGCAAGGAGGAUGCCAAAGACAAAAUUGAAACACCUUCUAUAAAAACUGAUCGAAAGACUACUCUAAGGAUCGGAAAAGUAGCAGUGCUCGAAGGCAAAUCGGACAUUGAUAAGACUGGAGUUGAACUUGUUCAACGGGUAUCACAAAAUGAAACGUGA